AUGGCUGCUAACGCAUGUUCAGACCCGCCCAUCCUCACAGAGCAGGAGGAGUUACAGAGAAGAGCCAAUCAGGUCACAGAUGAGUCACUGGAGAGCACGCGGCGGAUGGUUCAGUUGGUUGAGGAGAGUAAAGAUGUUGGGAUCAGGACUGUGGUGAUGUUGGAUGAACAAGGAGAGCAGUUGGAGCGAAUAGAGGAGGGCUUGGAUCAGAUCAACUCUGAUAUGAAGGAGGCAGAGAAAAACCUGACUGACCUGGGCAAGUGCUGUGGUCUCUGCUCCUGUGAUAAGCUAAAGGCUUUUGAGGAGAGUGGGGCAUACAAGGCAGUUUGGGGCGGAGCCUCAACCCAGGAUGGCGUUGUAGCCAAUCAGCCGCCGUCGUCUCGGGUCGUGGAUGAGAGAGAGCAGAUGAUUAUGAGUGGAGGAUACAUACGAAGGGUGACCGGCGACGCCCGCGAGGACGAGAUGGAGGAGAACCUGGCUCAUGUGGGCAGCAUCGUCGGAAAUCUGAAGAGCAUGGCCCUGGACAUUGGCAAUGAGCUGGAAACACAGAAUUCCCAGAUCGACCGCAUACAGGGCAAGGCUAAUCUCAACGUAACCCGAAUCAGCGCUGCCAACCAGAAGGCUACCAACCUCAUGAAACGAUAG